AGGACCAAAUACAAAAACACCAUCAAUAAUAAUCCGCUUUUUACGGAUUCAUUUUCACCUUCACCCUUCAAUUUCUUUUGUUUAUUGCGAUUUUAUCAAUUUCUUCUUGAUUUUUGAGAUUUCAUUUCCAAUAUUCAUUCCAUCUUUUGCUGAAAGGUCUUACAAGCUUUUACCUGAAUUCAAUUUGAUCAAUAAUGGGUAAGGAACAACAUAGCUCUCCAGUCCCUGAUAGGAAUCACAGCAACACGAGCGCAGGAUGCAUGUGGGGCGUGCUUCAUAUACUUAAGUAUCACCAUUGGCGUCACAUCAAGAAGAGACUUCCUCACAAGAGGGUUGUUAAUGGUAAAAAUUCUGUAGAAGAUGGAAAGUCAGUAGAUGAUGUAAAUCUAUUGAAGGAAGACGGAAUUUCAAAGCAGGAAAGCUCAAGAAAUGACAGCUCUAAGGUUGAUGAGAAGAUAAUACAGACUAGUGCAACUACAAGUUCAGCAACUAAAGGUUCCAUUAAGUCUCGACUAAAAUCACUUAUAUCACAGGAAUUGUAUAGAAAGAAGGGAAAACAUCAAAACCUAUCAUGUACAUUUCGAUCCAAUGCGGUGCGGAAAGAUGAAAAGAAUCCCCCUGCUGCUGCUGCUUCUGCUGCUCCUGCUGCUCCUGCUGCUGCUGCACCCAUAAAUAAUGACUGUGUGGUUGCUGCAACGGACUUGAAUGAUAAAAGUCCUAAAGUUGCUGAGAAAAGUGAGACCAUUUCACCUAUGAGAUUACAAGAUCCAUCUGUAGAAAAAUUGUCGGAGAAAAAAGGUUGUGAAGAUUAUGAGAAUCAGUUGAAGCCUAAGCUGCAGUCUGAGGAUAGAGUGAAUCAAUUAGCUGAAAAUGAUCAGUCUCUUCUUGCAGAAAGUAAAGAUCAAGAAUUAGUACAUGUAAAAGAAGUCAAUAUGGAUGCUUCAAAUCACAAGUCAAAGGAGAUUUCAGAUGCUCUUGAUAUGAUCAACUUGAAUGAAGAAUUCCUGAUGAAAAUUUUACAAGAUCCAGGCUCUCUUUGGGCUCAUCAUUUCCAAAACCAACAAGCCUUAAGCAGUAAAGGAGGAUAUUCUAUGUCUAGGCUAUUCUCUUGUCGCAAUUCAAAUUCUGGACUAAGAAAAUUCAGCCAGAAGCAAGAAAAUGUUGAAGCUGAUGCAGAAAAGUCCAAGUCUAAACAAUAUACCCGGUCAAAUUCAAUGCCAUCAAUAGCUGCUGAGUGCAGAAUAGAGAAAAUUCUGAAACAAAACCAAGCAAAACUUGAAGCUACUGAUAAUUCCUCGCCAGGUUCAAUGCGAAAUGAAAAGAAUCCAGCUGCAAUUAAACGCUUCAAGGAUCUUAAACACAAGUUACAGUAUGCUAUUAGACAGAGCAAAAAUGAUAAGUGUAGAAUCCUCAAGGAUGCAAUCUGUCAUAAGAUUCCUCAUGGUCAAAGUGAAAGACUUCCCAAGGAUUUCAGAAGCCAAUCUUGGAAAAAAGAAAAUUUUAGUGUUAACGAGAGUGAUAAUUGUAUUUUUCCUACGAGGCAGAUCCAAAGAUCAUCAUCUCUUAUUGGAUCACUAGAUAAAUAUAGUCAAUUAUACGAGUCUACUUUCAACAGAGAAGCAAAACAUACUUGUGAAUCAUCAAAAUUGACAACGGAAGAUGCUCCAAAAUCCUUUAGAAGAAUGUUCUCCUCUCCUAACCUCAAAUCUGAUUUCUGCUACGGCCAAGAUUCUUCUAGUUCCUUCUCAUCAAACCGUGUAAAAAGUGAUGUUCAACAGAGUUCGGAUAGUGAAACAAAUUCAGUUAACGAGGUUCAAUUGGAAACGACAACAAUAUCUAAUUCUGAUCAAAGCGCUAAGUUGAGUUUAGUUAAUGAUGAUUUGGGAAAAUUGGUGGUAAUGGACAGAGCAUUUCCAGAUUAUCAGGAUACUGCAGUGCCAAGUCCAUCUUUCAUUGAACUGAUAGAACCCAGCUUAUUCCUUGUGCCUGAUUCCAAGUUUCAACAAGAUACUGUCACUCCUGCAAGCUUUUCCAUUUCAGAAGAAGAAGAUUUAAAACCGAAGAUAAGCCCUCCCCUUCUAGACAAAGUUGAAUCUUUAGAGGACGGAGUUGCAGAAGCAGAAACGAAGAUAAGCCCUCCCUCUCCUGACAAAGUUGAUACUUUAGAAGAUAGAGUAGCAGAAGCAGAAAUCAUCAGCAAGUUUACACCAACAGUACCCGAAGUAGAGUUAAAAAUAGAGUUUCCAAGAAAGCUUCUAGAAUUUCAAGUAGGUGAAAAAGAAAAAGCUGAAUUUGAUUAUGUCAAAGAUAUAUUAGAUUUAUCAGGUUUUACUGGAAGGGAAUUGCUUGGAACAUGGCAUGCAAGUAAUCAACCAGUAGAUCCCGGUUUAUUCGAAGAACUUGAAGAAGAUUGUAUGCUUCUUGAUCCAGAGUGUUCAGGAAAUAAAGAAGGUUACCAUUGUAACCAUCUACUCUUAUUUGACCUAAUCAAUGAAGUGUUGAUGGAGAUUUAUGCAAAAUCAUACACUUAUUGUCCCAUGCCAUUGUCUGUGCUUUCGCAUAUUCGUCCAAUGCCCAUAGGAUACCAUGUUCUUGAAGAAGUGUGGGCACUUAUAAGUUGGUAUUUAAGCUCAAGUUCAGAUUCUGAUCAUUUAUUGAAUUAUGCUGUAAGUAGAGACUUAGGAAAGAGUGAUGGAUGGAUGAAUCUGCAAUUUGAUAGUGAAUGUGUAGGGCUUGAACUCGAGGACUUGAUUUUCGAUGAGCUUUUAGAUGAACUGGUUUAUGAUGAUUUAGCUUUUUACACAUGAAAUUAUUUUUUCUUUUUUAAAUUGUAUUCUUAGGUUUAGAUAAGUAGGAGGGUUAAAAUGAUUCAAUUCAUAUACUUUGUAAUAUAGUUUAUUUUCAGCACUAGUCAUGUAUAUCAAUAUAUGCAUAAUUAAACUAUAUGAAUAACGGGAAUUGAUUAUCAACAAUA